AUGGCCAAGCUCAAGCACCUGUGGUACUACGGAGGCGAUGCCGAUGAACAGGCUUUGGUGAUCGUCGACGGCGUCUUGUACCAGAUCCCCUACGUCGUCAACUCGAAGGGCGAGGAGAUCAUGAACGAGGAGCUGCCACUCCCCACUCUGUCCCCCGAACCGGCCGGUAUCCACGUCGAGGCGGACGGCACCGCACGCCCGUUGACUAGCGAGGAGGUGGCGGCGCUCAAGACCAAGUACUUUCUGGAUAGGGAGGGCCACGAGAAGCAGGCUGCCGAAAUCGACGCCGCAUACGAGAGGGAAGCAGCUGAAGCCGUCGCGACAGACGUGUUCCAGUCGCUCCCUGUCAUCGCCGACGCCGACGAGACAAAGUACUACCUCAAGGCGCCGCGAUCUGGCAAGGAGAUCCGCAACCUCCUCAAGGCCCAAGGCCUGCCGCACGUAGUCCAACUCGUCGGCCGAACGGCCGACAAGGUCGUGCUCGUCAGGGCCGGCUCGGACUUUGGACGCACCUUCUUCCGGCCAGACGUCGAGUACCCAGGCCCCGCAACGCACCGGCUCUGGGCGAUCGACCUCGCAGACGGACUGUCGGCGCUGCACGCCAAGGAUAUCUUCCACCGCGACAUCACGGUGUUCAACGCGCUUGUUGACGGGGAUCGUGCCACCCUGUGCGACCUGGAGGCUGGCCCGACGAGCAAGGCGGUCAUCGCGCCCGAGGUGUUCACCCACGGCAACGAGGCAUUCACCGACAAGUCCGAAGUCUUCGCCCUUGGGGCCCUGCUGUGGUGCUUCACACAGCAGAGUGCACCGCGCCCGUACCGUGCGCGAUACUUGGAGCGCACGGGACAGUUUGGAUCGCUCAUUGACCGCUGCCUUCAGGUCGACCCGGCCAAGCGGCCCACGGCUGCCGAGCUUGCUCAGCUUUUACGCGAGGAGAAGGCCGGCGAGGCGAACGGGACUAAGGGGGUGUAG